AUGGUAUCCUUUUCGUGUGAGGAGUGCGGCGACGUCCUCACUAAGAAGAAGCUUGACCCUCAUCGCAACCGUUGCCACGGCGCCACCUUUACCUGUAUUGACUGCAUGGUCCAUUUUCCUGGCGUCCAAUACCGCUCUCAUACUUCUUGCAUGACCGAAGAUCAGAAGUACCAGGGAGCUUUAUACAAAGAAAAGCCCAAGAAGAACAGCAACAAUACCCAAACCCAAGCUCAAUCUCGCAACACCUCGUCUAAGCACGACAGCAACCCACAGCCCACCAAGAAGACCAAGAUGAUGGCCCAUCAAUCAUACGUUCAAGACGUCCCUGACGACGCCAGCUUCGGCCACUGGGCCGAGUACGCCGGCCAGACCGAAGACGAGCGCUCGCCCGUCGACCAUAUGCCCGAGGCGCCUACACCUCCUCCUGCCCACAGGGAACAGCCAUUCAACGUCUUCGACUACCUCGUUGCCACCGGCCAGACCCCCAAUGCCUCCAACGUCGAUCUCGCCAAGCCUAUGCCGGUCGAAAGUCAAAGCACCUCACUUGUCCGAUACGAACACAACGCGGACGGUUACCUUGUCGAUGACGAACCCUACGUCCAGUACGGCAGCGGACCCGUUCAUACUGAUGCCUACGUCACACCCGCUCCCAAAACGGAGCGCCGCCGCAGCAAAGACGGUGACAAGAAGGACAAGAAGCGCAAGCGACUGCACAUCGAGGUAGCUGGUGAUGAGGAGAUGGUUGAUGCCCCUCCUGUGCUUCACUCUGGACUCACCGGGAACCUCAAGAGUUUGAUGCGCUUCCCUCCUUCUCCCGAGUACUCUGGUGACGCUGCCGAAGCCACACCCGCCAGUCCGUUGAAGAAGUCCAAGCACAGCAAGCACGGAAAGAGCAGCCACGGCCACAGCCAUAGCAUCUUCGACAUGAUCACUGGUGGUUCAAAGAAGUCCAAAAAGUCAAAGGACAAGAAGCGUCACCGUCGUUCCAAGAGCCCCAAAAGCCCCAAGAAGCUCGAGUUUCACAAGGAACCCCCCAAGACAGAGACGGAGGGACAAAUGGUUCUCUUCAAGCCCCGCGCCGACAUGUUCCUUGGCUUUGUCAACAAGGGUCCUGAGAGUGACCGCGGCUGCAGCAUGAACAAGGCUCUCAAGCGAUACCACCGCGAGCGAAAGUCGUCCGGCUCUAGCGUCUCCAAGGUCAAGGACGAAAAGGAGCUCUGGCGAUCCCUGCGCCUGCGCAGAAACGAACGCGGCGAGAUUGUCGUCUUUGCUCUCGACGACGACGAGUAA